CAGAGUGCCUUCCCUCUGGUUUUCCCCGCUACCUUAGAGUCCGCACUUAGUCAAUAUGAGCUCGUACGAAGAGAUCGAGGCCCGCGAUGGUGUCCGCUUCAGCUGGAACCUCUGGCCCAACACCCGUGUCGAGGCCACCCGCAUGGUGGUCCCCAUCGGGGCUCUCUACACCCCGAUGCGCCCCCAGCCCGCCGGCAUCAAUCCCGUCUACUAUGACCCCGUCUCCUGUCGCCCCCCCUGCCGCGGCAUUCUGAACCCCUACUGCCAUGUGGACUUCAAGCACAAGAUCUGGCAAUGCCCGUUCUGCUCGAAUCGCAAUCAGUUCCCUCCCCACUAUAAGGACCUCUCCGAGACCAACAUGCUGGCUGAGCUCCUCCCCCAGUACACCACCAUCGAGUAUACCCUCAGCCGGCCGGUCCUCAACCACCCGGUCUUCCUGUACGUCGUGGACACGUGCAUCGAGCCGGAUGAGCUGCAGGCCCUGCGCGCGUCCCUGGUGGCCUCGUUGAGUCUCCUCCCGCCGACGGCCAUUGUUGGUCUGAUUACUUUCGGCAACAUGGUCAAUGUCCAUGAGCUGGAGAACGAGGACUGCACCAAGACCUACGUCUUCCAGGGAACCACCGACUACCCUUCUGCCAAGAUCCAGAAGCUGCUCGGUCUGUCCUCUGGCCGGCCCAUUCAGAUGCCCGGCAACCAGACUCCCAUCCCGACCUUUUCGGCUGCGCGCUUCUUCCAGCCGAUUCGGCAGUGUGACAUGAACCUCACUCUCACCUUUGAGAACCUAAUGCGCGACCCGUGGCCUGUUCGCCCGCAGAACCGCCCUCUGCGCUCCACUGGCGCGGCCCUCUCCAUCGCCGUCGGCCUUCUUGAGUCUGCCUUCCCCACCUCCGGUGCACGCAUCAUGACUUUCUUGCGUGGCGCCUGCACCCAGGGGCCCGGCAUCGUGGUCUCCAGUGACCUGCGCGAGACCAUCCGCACGCACGCCGACAUCGACAAGAACAACGCCAAGAAGAUGGCCAAGGCCACCAAGUUCUACGACGAUCUCGCCAAGCGCCUCACCAACAACGGCCACACGGCCGAUGUUUUCAUCGCCUCCAUCGAGCAGGCCGGCCUUCGUGAACUCAAGUCCAUGGUCGACCUGAGCAAUGGUCUUUGCGUCCUGACGGACUCCUUCAAGACCGACGUCUUCCGGCACUCGCUAAUCCGGCAUCUGAGCGGGACCCCGGCGGCCGCGGCGGCCCCCGCCGACCCGUCUCAGCCCCAGGCGGCCCCGGCUCCCGAGACCGGGCUGGCCAUGGGUUUCAACGCCACCUUCGAGGUGCUGACCAGUCGCGAGUUGAAGGUGUCCGGGCUCAUUGGCAAUGCCACCUCGCUUGGGGUCAAGGCGGCCAACAUCAGCGACACGGAGAUCGGCCUGGGUGGGACCAACGCCUGGCGCAUUUCGUCCCUCUCGCCGCAGACCACCCUCGGCGUGUACUUCGACCUGGUGCAGGCCAACCAGCCGCUGGAUGUCAAUCGCUGUGCCUUUGUGCAGUUCCUUACUACCUACCAGCAUCCGUCUGGGUAUUACCGUCUGCGGGUGACCACCGUGUCGCGACACAUCAUCGAAGGGAACCCCCAGUACCUGGCCAGCGGGUUUGACCAGGCCGCGGCCGCUGUGCUCAUGGCCCGCAUUGCGGUGCUCAAGUCCGAGACGGAUGACGGCCCGGAUGUCCUGCGCUGGCUGGAUCGCAUGCUGAUUCGCCUGUGUCAGCGCUUUGCCAACUACACUCGCGACGAUCCGCGCUCCUUCACCCUCUCGCCCAACUUUUCUCUUUAUCCCCAGGUGAUGUUCCACCUUCGCCGGUCGCAAUUCCUCCAGGUGUUCAACUACUCCCCGGAUGAGACUGCCUAUUUCCGUCAUUCGCUUCUGCAGGCCGACACCAGCAGCUCCAUGACCAUGAUCCAGCCGGCCCUCUUCAGCUACUCCAUCGACGGGACCAGCAAGCCGGUCAUUCUGGACUCCAACAGCGUCACUCAGGAGACCAUUCUCCUGCUGGACACCUUCUUCGAGAUGAUCAUUCUCCAUGGCGCGACCAUUGUCUUCUGGGUCAAGGAUGGCUACCACAAGCGCCCGGAGUAUGAGAACCUGCGCACCUUGCUGCAGGCGCCGCAUGAUGACUUGAAGGCUCUGGUUGCCGGCCGGUCUCCCUAUCCGAAGGUCCUCAUCUGCGACAUGGGCGACUCCCAAUCGCGCUUCAUGCUGGCCAAGCUCAACCCCUCGACCACGCACGUCAGCGGCGCGUCUCAGGGUGUUGCCGUUCUCACGGAUGACGUCAGCUUCCAGGUGUUCAUGGACCACCUCACCAAGCUGGCUGUCUCCUCGUCCAACUGAGUUAGGUUAGGUGCAUGCAUGUGUGUGCCCGUGUCGCUGUCUGUGUGUCUCUGUAUCUGCACCCCUCCC